AUGAACGGCGACGGCGACGGAUUACCCAUCGCCAAUAUACAACCUUUGCGCGAGGAUCCAGAUCGUGUCUCACUGGAAGAACACAUCGCCUACCAGCAACAGCUCAACCACAACCAAAACCAAAACCACAACGGCAACAACAACCCUCAGAUGCGCAUCACAUCUGAGAACAUCAGCGACCAUAUCAUGUCCGACUCCUCAAGGCUAUCACGCCUUUCGCCCGAGCGCAACUCGAUAUUCGAGGACAGGCUUUCGCCCGAACGUGAGCUCCAGCCAUCUGUACCCCUACUUUCGCCCUCACGACACGUUUCGCCAGCGCGCGACUCGAUGUCGCCUGAACCUCGAUCAGAACCAUCGCACACGCCAGCCCCCACCACAGAGUCGAGUACGCCGCCGCCGACAUUACCUCCGUCCUCAUUCGCCACCGGCUCGACUCGUGCAACUUCAACGGCGGGGACUUCGGAGCAGUCGUUUGAGAUGUUGUCGGGUUAUGACCCGAUCUCGCCUGCUGAUAGACACCGACAGUGGCAGCGCGAGCAGAGGAGGGAAAUCUACAACAAUGGGGGGAAUUUACAGGGCGGUGGCGGUGGGUUUCGGCCGAACGCUGAUUUGCCGUUCCCGAUCACACCACAGCUCCUACAGUACUAUCCCUACCCUGGCCAGCACCCAUCAUCACCACAGCAGCAUCAGAGAACUCCGCUGAAGGAGGAUUUUGUUAAUAAUCUUCCUGGGCGGCGUUAUAGUGAGGUUGGGCAUUAUCAGGAGCAGCCUAUUCCACAGAAUCAAAUACAUAGAUCGCAUGGAGGACAGCAACAGCAGCAGGGGAUGAUGUAUGACAGCCGAUUUUCUAACCACGGCAAGUCCUCGUUCGAGAAGAUUGUCGACUCCGCCGCCGGAGGAAGUGCUCUGGCGCGCGUCAUGAAACAAAGCGAGAUGGCUGUAAGCGACUUGUCAACCGUAGUGCGCUAUUCCGAAUUGAAAUGUAAAGAAACGCUUGCGGAGCGACUGGACGUGUUUGCCCGGGAUGCCAAAGGAAAUGUCCGGGCACUGCAAGGGUUUGGGAGCAAAGUCGGUGGCGUUCUAGAUCAGUUGCUAUCAAUAAACCAGUACGCUCUCCGCGAGCUAUCAAUGAUCAAACGCGAAUCCCAGCACCGUCCAUUCCUAUACCGUCUACUAACCCCUACCUCAUUCUUCCGCUCCUCCUCUCACUAUUACUCCGACGAGCCCGACGAUGCCCGCACCCGUGCCCGCGUCGCCGAAACUUUCAACAAGGCCGCCGAGGUCCUCGAGUCAAACCUCCGCCUCCUCGUCGCCGAUGGCGAAACAAUCUUCGCCUCCCUCACCCAGCUCACCGAGCAGCACAAACCUAUCUAUGAUGAGAUCGUCCGCGAGGUCGUCGACAUCAAGAAGGAAGAAGCUGUCGUUCUCUCGUCGCUUUGGACUAAAGUCGGUGGCAACGCCGCCCAGCGAAAGAACUUCCGCGAAAACGCCGAGCUACUCGCGCUGAUUGGCAGCUAUGAGGAGCAGGCGCGAGGAUAUGUCGAGAGCACUGUACUGGAGCUGGACCGCAUGACCGCUGAUCUAGAGAAUCUGCGACGAAGAGUCGCAGAGCCACUAUUAAUCUCCGGGAGCAGCAACGGGAAGGGUGGGAAGAGAGGGCGUGACGACGACAUCGCAAGCAUUCCACUGAGUGUGCAUUUAGAUGCGAUUGAGGGAGCGGUGGAGCGGCUGGUGCGGAAGCGGGCACAACGCAGGGAGAAGGAGGGGAAUUGGUUGAAGAAGAUACACGAUGGGGAGGAGCGGGCGAGGAAGGAAGAUAUCCUCGUUGAGGGAGCUGGGACCAUCGCAGCUUAG